CAUAAGGAAAAGAAAUCUGAGCCAGAAACUAUCAAGACAUAUUCUCAGAUAAUGGAAGAGAAAAGGAAGAAACUUGAGAAACAAAGAGAAAAGAAGGCUAAAACUGAAGAAAAGUCUAAAAGAAAGAAAAUUACCCCUAUUGGUUUCAGUGAUAAGGAAAAUGAAACCAUUUUGAAUGAAAUAGCAGAACCAAAGAAAUCUCCAAUAAAAACAGAGGUACCAGAUACAAAAAGUGGUUUGUUGGAGACGUUCAGCUUUACUCUCCAAGAAACCACAGAUGAUAGUAAUCCACCUCAGUCUGACCAAGUUGAUAGUUCUACAGAACAUUUAGAACUAUUAUCAACUUCAGUUCCAGAAAAUUCCAAAGAGGAUACAGAUGAUCUUCUUGAAAUGUCGCCUACCAAAAAGACAAGUGAUGACUCAUGGCUAGAGUUCAGUAAUGAAGAUUCAGAUAUGACUGGAUGUGAACCUGCCGACGAUGAUGACCUUCUCAGAGAAAUUGAUGAGCUAUUGGCGUGA